GCAGCAGCAGCGUCAGUGACACAGGACUCCAACGCAGCUGUAAACAUAGAUUGUUGCCACACCGAGAACAACCCAGCUAACGUCAGCACUAGCAGGAGAGUGAUGUGCUUGUCGUAGUGGAACACUAUAGCUGGACUCCCUCCCUGUCCUAUUGCUGUUGCCCCCUGAGGACCUCAUCCACCACCACCACCACCUCCUUUCUCGUCCUCCACCUCCUCCUCCUACCUCCAGCCGCCCCUGUGAUGCCUCCCUCGUGCUGUGGCUGCUUGUCACAGUACACUCAUCAUCAUCUGGUUGCCUUCCUCCUCACCUUCUUUAGCUAUGUGUUGCUACAUGCGUCCAGGAAAACAUUCAGCAACGUGAAAGUCAGUAUCUCAGCCCAGUGGACGCCAUCUGUCCAGAAUGCCAGCGCGCCAGCUUACUCUCCUGGCGAGACAUGGGAGGACAAUCAUCUGUUCGCAGAUGAACAGCAGGCCACUCUGUUCCUGGGAGCUCUGGACUCCAUCUUCCUCUUCUCAUAUGCAGUGGGUCUGUAUCUCAGCGGUGUGAUCGGGGACAGGGUGAACCUGCGCUAUGUGCUCUGCAUCGGCCUGUGUGGCUCUGCUGCAGUGGAGUUCGUGUUUGGCACUCUCACCGAAUGGCUCCAUUUCUACAACGUCUAUCUGUACUGUAGCCUGUGGGUGCUGAACGGCCUGCUGCAGUCAGCCGUCUGGCCCUGUGUGGUGGCCGUCAUGGGCAACUGGUUCGGCAAGGCGGGCCGUGGCUUCGUGUUUGGCCUGUGGAGUGCUUGUGCCUCUGUGGGCAACAUCCUGGGGGCCUUUCUUGCUUCUAGCGUGCUCAAGUAUGGAUAUGAGUAUGCCUUCCUGGUGACCUCAGUGGUGCAGUUUGCUGGCGGGGUGGUGGUGUUCUUUGGCCUACUAACCUCCCCAAAAGAAGUCGGUUUGAGCUUGGAGUCAGAGACUGGAUUGAGUCCAGUGGAGACAGACACAGACAGCCACAGGCCUCUGAUGAGCGACGAGGAGGAUGAGGUGGAGGUGGAGGUGUAUGGCAGACCAUUCCACUCCGUUCAGCAGCCGGAUGAACCUCUGGCCGAGACUCCUCAAGCCAUCGGCUUCUGCCAGGCUUUCUGCCUGCCUGGAGUGCUACCUUAUUCCCUGGCUUAUGCGUGUCUGAAGCUGGUCAACUACUCCUUCUUCUUCUGGCUUCCUUACUACCUGAGCAACAACUACAAGUGGAAGGAGGCGGAGGCCGACCGCCUGUCUGUGUGGUACGAUGUCGGAGGAAUCAUCGGAGGGACAGUUCAGGGUUUGAUCUCUGACUUCAUGGGAAAGAGAGCUCCAGUGUUGGCCAUGAGUCUGCUUCUGGCGAUGGGAGCCCUAGUGGGAUACAGCCACUCACCCAAUGACCAGGUGAUCAACGCCGUGCUGUUGGCCACCACCGGCUUCUUCAUCGGUGGCCCAUCGAAUAUGAUCAGCUCUGCCAUAUCUGCUGACCUGGGGAGACAGGAGGCGCUGAGGGGCAGUCAGGAGGCUUUGGCUACUGUCACUGGCAUAGUCGACGGAACAGGAAGUAUAGGAGCUGCUGCAGGACAGUACCUGGUCUCCCUGUUAGAGAGCAAGCUGGGCUGGAUGUGCGUGUUCUACUUCUUCGUUGUCAUGACAGGGGGCAGCAUCUUAUUCAUCACUCCUUUGAUCGUCAAGGAGGUGCGUGCCAUGUGGAGAGACAGACAAGCGCUGCGUCGCCAGCUGUGAACGCCUCAACAUCUGCCAGCCAAUGUUCCCUAAUCUUAUCAGUGAUAACAGAGCUGCUCACAAACUCCUUUUAGGUGAGUUUAGGGAGGUAGAUGAAUUUGUAGGAUGCUGUUUCUCACAGCCACGAUGGUUACGGUGACCUGGAUUUAGAGAGUUUAACUCCCACAAUGACCACUGUUUGUCUGUUAACACCCAUGUGAGCAGGUAGAGAGACUUUGAGCACAAAACUGACGUCUUAUCCACUCACUAAAAGCCUAAAAAAUGUAAUUACACACUUCUUCAGUGUGAGGAUUUAGCAGUUGAGCUGAAGUGCCUGAUUGAAAAAGGCUUUUAAAGGGAUCUAGCUGUCUAAUCUGUGGAUUCAGGCCUCGCAGGGCCAUCACAGAAUGUACCACUGUAUAUAUUUUAGGAUUUAAAUGGAUGUAAAAAAUUAACUUUUUAAAAUAUAGAUGCUCUAGACUAGAGUCAAGUUGAAUACAUUUUUGGCCUUUUAAAUCAGGAGUUCUUAACUUAAAGGUCAGCCUCUGAGACAUGUUGGGGGUCGGGAUUGUCUGAAGAAUGUGAAUGAUAACUGUAAUGUAGAAAUUUAUUGUUAGCUUUUGUAUAUAUGUAUGAUAUGUUUGUUGUUUUUUUGGUUGAGAUGAUGAAUCUUGCACUGUAGUACAGUAAUGAAACUGAAGAUUUUAGUGAAACACUUUUGGGAAAUUUCUCGCAGCCUCUUGAUUUCUCUUGUGUACAGUUUUGUGUAAUCAGGGUUAGAAACUCUAAUACGGUAUACGGGGACUGGUUCUCUCGAUUCUGUGUAUGUGUCGUCAGUAUCUCCUCAUUCCUUUUUCAAGUUUUAGUGUCUUAAGUCACAAGCAAUCGCUGCCAAAACCCUCACGCAAACACGCACUGACAGAAACAUGAAACAUCUAUCGUCUCGUCUCACACUUUCAGUUUACAGUGCAGCAUGACUAAUGCACAUUGAAGUCUAAGCUGCAUACUGACGUUACAGAAGAACAAGUUUUGCCCGUUUGUAAGUGGAAGCUGCAUAUUUGCACGAUUUGUUUGAGGAACUUGAAUCUGUGUCUGAACAGAUUUGUUUUCACGUUUUAAAGCCAGUGACGGUAAAUAAUCAUCUUUUACGACAUAAUUACUGAUGAUCAUGGUGGGAAAUGAUCAUACGACACCAGCCAUAUGCCUGUUAAUGUUUGGGCAGGUUGUCUGCUUUACCUUUACUAGACACUGUGGUCAGUAAACAGCCAUAAUUUCUGUGGAAGAUGGUUUUUAGUUGAAAUCAAUAAAAAGAACCCAGAAUUUGUGAUUUUCCGGUCACUGUUGCCAACAGACACAGCAGGUCGUGUGCUCCGUUACAUGUAGAUCAUGUAAAGUGCUUUAAACAUCUGGGAAAGUGACAUCAGAGCAUCUUUGUAUCAUCAUCACUGGUACGAGACAUGCUCCCUAAGCUAAACCUCAAGCACUGGAGCUUCAGACGAGACCUGCACCUCUGAUGUCUCUGAACUUGCCAACUGUAAAGGAAUGUAAAUUGACAUGUAUGUGGAAUGUGUAACACUAUCUGUGGUCUACUUUUUUUUUAUUUAUGUGUACUUUUUAAGUUUUGACUAAUGUAAAUGCAAAUUUUCAUUUGAAAUAAAUGCAAAUUACAUUUUGCAAA